UCAAACAGAAGGAGGCGUUUUCUGAUUAACGUUUUUGGAGGGGAAGCUUGCCCGCGCUAGCAGUAGGCAGAAAGGCGAACAAUGGCUCAGAACAUCCAGAACGUUACUCUUUCUCUCACUUUACCAAUAUCUUGCCAGAUUUGUCUGGGAAAGGUCCGAGAGCCUGUCAUUUGUGGCAACUACCAUGUGUUCUGUUCCGCUUGUAUCGACGUUUGGUUAAAGAAGGCGAGUCAGUGCCCAACAUGUAGGGCACCCAUCACUGCUGAAACCCCGUGCAGAAAGAUCAUAGGUGCUACAAAUGAGAGUGAAUGUAACGAAAGUCUGUCGAUUAAACGAUACUUGCGGAAAACCAGAGCUGAGCUGCUUCUGCGCGAAUAUGAGGAUGAAAUCGAGGGGCUCCAAAGAGAAAACGAAGAACUAAUGAGCAAAAACUCCAGCAUGGAGGGCCAGCUCGAGGCACUCCUCCACCCGUCUACCCUGUGUGCCUCCCCGAAAACCCAGGAGUCGGGUCAGAAUGGGGAGGAAAGGACAAUUGAUCCUCACAUACUGGAGGAAUGGAGCAAUAAGCUACGGGCAGCCACUGAUAUAAGCGAAAAAGUAAAACAGGAUAUGGAGAAAUUGAAAGAGGCAAAUAAGACUCUGCGUUCGCAAAACAUCGAUCUGGUACGAGACAACCUGCGCUUGAAGGCGGAGGUGGAAAACAGGUCUCCCCAAAAGUUUGGUAGGUACACUGUAGCAGCCCUGGAGGCCAAGAGCAGCCAGUAUGAGCGAGACCUGCUCCACCUGCGGAGGGCGCUAGAGCGCAGCGACAAAUACAUCGAAGAGCUGGAGGCCCAGCUGUCCGACAGCGAGGGCAAGUCGGGUGCCGCAGAAGCUUCCGGAAGCCUGCACGAGGCUGCUUUAGCGGGUGCCGCAGACGGCACGUGCCUGACCAACGAUGGAGUAACCGGUGGCAAAUGCGACGACAGCAAGGAGCGAAGGAGGAUCGUCACCAUGAGGAGGAGUCUCAGUGCGAUGGAGGGGGCUUCUGUCCGGACGGACCUCGACCUCCGGCCCGUCGAGUUCUCGGGCGCCUGCAGGUUCCUCCUCACCACGUCCUCCGAUCCCGCCGUCUCCGGCACGCUCAGUCCAGACGGGCGGUUGGGUGGAGAUUCAACGCCGGAAAAGGUCCAGCGGGAUUCUGCCCCGCAGUGCCGCAUCCCUUCUACACCCUCGUCCUCUUUCAGCUGCCUGAGUUUGGGCAGUCCAGGAGCCAGAGGCUCCAAGAGGUCGGGGUUCAGGCCUUUAUCCUACCUGCGGAGGCUCAGCUUUGAAGACUGUAGCGGCAGCAGCGGGAACAGGAUCGCAGACGUCCCCGGUGCAGGAAGUGGCCCGUCCAUGGAGCCAGGCAAGCCGGGGUACUGGGGGGUGCGACUCUGCAAAAUGAAGUCGGAGAGCCGGACGUCGUCGGCGCAGACCGAAGAGCGACCGCAAGACCACAGCCGGGGCGGAGAGCGGGCGCCGGGCGGGGAGUCCGGGGCGGAGGCAGACCCUGACAGCAGUCACUGCGGGAUGUCCAGCGAGGACUCCAUGAACGCGGCGUACCUGGACAAGGUCUCGGAGCUGGACAGCAUGAUGUCAGAAAGUGAGAACGGUAAGGGUUCCUGUUCCCCUGCCACGUCGGCCGAGCCCUCGGGGCUCAGCUCUUCUCCGGCGCCCGGGCUAGGUGGUGAAGAACGUGCCGGAAGCUCAUCCACAGGGUCAGAAGCUAAGGCAACGCGGGAAAGUGCAGAGGAAAUUACCUUCGACUCGCCGUUCCACUCCCACGAACUCCUCGGAAGGGAUUCCGGGCCCUCUGCUUUUACCGCAGUGUCUGAUGUGGGCUUUGAGUCCUUAGAACCUGAAAUCGCCCAGGACACAGAAAGAAAAACAGACUCAAUUCAGCGGCCAAAGAGAAAAAGUCAAAGCGGCUUCAACUUUGCAAGUCCCUCAAAAAUGUCUAAGUUUGAGUGAUAACAACCUUUUUCUGGUCCAUGCAUUUGCCAGUUAGCAAAGUUAUUUUUGGUGUAAUAACACCUUUUAGAAGUGUACGAUUUCUGUAAUGUCCAAAUUGACAGAAAAUAUAUAAUUUAGUUGUACCAUUAAUAAUUAUCUUUAGUAAAUUAAUAUCUGUAGUUUAAAGAUCCUGUUCACUUCUGUUUUUCUGGUUUUGAUUACAUUUGGUCAGCUUUAAUGAAUGAAUGAAUUUGUACAUUUGUCUUGAUUUGUAAUCUACCAUCUACUGAAUUGCAUUUUACCCCUAGAUGAAAAGGCUCGGUCAGAUUUUAAUAAGAUGCCAUACUACGAUGCACAUUUUUACAUCCUGUAAAAUAAAUGAAUGCAAAUAAGUCAAUAAUUUGUUUAGACAUUUUUGCUACAGUGUAUUAAAUCCUAAUGAAAAUGAUAGUGGAGGGUGAGGUUUCACCCAGACCUAUGGAAGUUUUGGUAAUCUGUUGCUUCAACAUGUUCAUAUCAUAUAACUGGUGUACAUUGUCAUACAAUGUCACAGUUGACAAAUUAAAGUCAAUAAAAGAUGUGUAUUUUCAUACA